UUUAUUUGAAGGCACUUGCUUGAAAUUUCGGCGCCAUGUCACAAACAACAACAAUUUCGACAAAAUUAUAGCUUGAUGGCCGAAGAAGAGGAAUCCUGGCAUGAAUUCUAUCAGAAUAACCGACUAACACUACCCCACCCUUCACGAAGGAUCACUGAAGGGGGCCAAAAAGGCAGUGUUCCUUUUUUUCUGAGCAUAAAAAGCGUAGAAGGAAUUCGCAUCCCAGAUUCAAUAUCUGUUGCUGCUAAUGAGUUGGAGUUCCAGUUGAGAGUCACUUUGUAUGACAUCGCCAAUAAAUAUUUCUUUGGCAGUACAUGGCUUGGGCCUGUAAUUGCUGCAACUCAUCAAAAUGGACGCUUUAUAGUUGACUUGGAGGAGGUAUUGUAUUUCCAUUCCUCUCUAAAUGAUGUGUCAUGCGUCGCCGCUAUUGAAGUUGUCACUUAUGACAAAAAUGAGCAAGGCUGUAGCUGCGGAUGGACUAUCCUAAGGAUUUUUGACCAUGUCAGUGAACUGAGAGAUACCUCAAACCAAGCCAUCAUUACAAGGCUCUCUCUGUACAGAGGUUCUCUGGGUGUACUUCUGUUUCUACCUGUGCAAGAUGCACUGGAAGAGCAAAUUGACAGCCAGAGGAUAGAGGGGUGUUUUAUGUCCUAUUCCUUACAGACUCAUAAUGUGCUGGAAAAAGCCUUGCACCUUAUUCCCGAAAAUGCACUCCUUGGAGGAGACGAUAUUGUACCUGGUAUCCUCGAAAUUGUACAGGAAGAUUCUGGGUUUGUUGACAUUUUGAAGAAACCACGGCUGAUGAAAACAAAUCCCUGCUUUAUCAAUAAGUUGACUGUUGACUUCCAGCCUUCUGUCAAUGAGUUUGAGGAGAAUCUGCUACAUGACCUUAACAUGGACAGACUGCACAGAGACAACAUCUCCCCUGAUGAUGGUUUAAAGAUCUCUAUAGUAGAACGGCGCCUACGGGUCUGUGUGCAUAAUGGCUGGACGUUUGUUAGUGAGCCACACAUGGUUUACUUAGAGCCAGAGUUCGAAGGAGGUGGCAGCAAGUCGGGCAGAAAAUCACCCAUCACCCCACAGACCUCUCUUACAGGUAGUAAAAUAGCAUCAUUAGUAUUACGCAGCAGACUUGAGCUUCGCGAGCUGGUUCGCCAUCCACUCUUCGCAGUGGUGUUUGAAGUAGAGUAUGUCAUCUCAGAACCCUAUGCACAGCCUCUUAUCAACCCAAAGAAGAAAAAGGCUUCACUUUCUGGCAGCUUGCUGCGCUCUCAGAAUCAAACCAUCACAGUUCGGUGGGCUGUGUGGACACCGUUCGGGGAUAUCCAUCCUGACGAUCGAGAUGCGUACCUCACUCUUGAGUGUGGGGGUAUCCACCCUGGUGCUCGCAUGGUCUACCAUGGCUUUAACAAGAAACCUGGCUCCAUCUACCUUAGCUUCACUCAUCAGAAGAGGCGCGGGUCUAACGUCCCCUCCAACAGUACACGCGGGUCUCAGCUACUACCCGAUCUGACCACACCCGCACAGAUGCCACAGACAGGCCUUGGUCAAAUGAGCUCACACAGCUCGCUAGGUGGUGACCAAGACCAAUCAGCUGGUCUUCGGCCUGGAAUAGCUAGUAGGCCUCCUCUUCCUGGAAAAUCUAGAACCAUUGGUGAAUACCCCCCUGUAGGACCUGGUCAGGGAAGACCAGAAGCCCCCGUACCAGUAACGAGUCUCACAGAGGUGCCACAUAGCUCAUUGCAUACGCCGCUGCUGCUGAGUAGUACCGUGGGCUCAUCUAGUAGAGGAAGUACUUUGACACGUGCCGAUUAUGCACGUCUUUCACGUGCUGGUUACCCGCCAAUCACCGAUCGCCAUGGCAACCCGCCGCUCGUCAUCGACCCCGCGGAGUAUGUCCCUCUGAACCUGGACAACGAGAAUAUGGACUCUCUCCAGGCGAACGAGAUAGUCCUGCACUUCCUGGCCCUUAAUAGGUGCUAUGGCCAUCGUUCCGUGUUCUUCACUUUCCAGUUCUAUCGAUUUCCUCAAGUCACAACGGAAAGACUUUUUCUAAAGAACUCUGAUAAUCAGAGCCAAGGGGAUCUCUGUGUCCUGCAGAAAUUCAACAAGGAUGGCUCUUUAUCUAACGAGGCUCCGGGAUUGUUGUUGAAGUACUUAGUGGACCCAGCAUUCAUGCAGCGCGGGGAGAACCGGGUUUUCUGCCGUUACUUGUUGUCACAGACUAUCCACAUGGAUGUAUGGGAUGGGGACUCACUGCUGCUCAUCGGAUCCCUCGCUAUCGAACUCAAGCACCUAUUGCGUCAAGGCCGUGAGGCAGUGUUGGUCAGUCACGAGGUUGACAUUGUGUCUGUCGAGUUUUCAGAAGAUGCUCCUGCUAUGCCUGGAGACGUAACUAGAACAGGUACUGUCCGUCCAGUGGGUAUGAGGGCUGGAGUCGAGGGCGCUUUGCACAUCCGAAUGGCGAACAUUGGGCAUCACAGCGAGAUGAACACCGACAUGAUAGGCACUGUCCCAAAGAAGCACUCUCACGUGAUCAUGUCUGAGACAAUUCGAGGAACCUUGUCUGGAACAGCUGCAGCGGGCGUCACGAUGCGAAGCAAGGCAAAGCCUGUGGCUGAGUGUGAUGGCGAACUUGCGGCGGUGCUGUUCAGCCGGCAGAAUAAGAUCAACAAGAAUGAUAAACCUGUCAGUCAGAACGAUGCCAUCAGAAAACGGAAAUUAGAAAGAAUGCAAGCGGUUCGUCAGAUAAAAGGCACUGACAAUAAAGUAGACAAUCUCGUGGUACAAAAGGAAGAGAAGCUACAGAGAGCGCGUGAUCUCAAGACAAUCCAACUGUACAGGGAUAAGAACAAACGCGAAGGGAUCAUGUCCUUGCUGUGCGCUAACAUCACCACUACGCAUACCAUCUACCCUUCCUUUGGCGCUGCCGAGUUCUUCGAGUUUGUGAUAAGGAACCCGUACAACACAGAACAGACUAUCUCCAUACAAUGCGAUGACAAGGAACUCACUGUUAUUACCGAUACACGAGAAUGGAAGCACUUCAAGCGAUUCACAGAAACGUUUUCAGCAAUUGAAGAGAACAUGUUUAACACGGCGGACACACCAUACCCCGAGGUUUUUCUAAGACCAGGGGAGAGCGUUCACAUUCCAUUCAAAUUCCAGACGUUCAGGGCGGACCACAGCGUUCCCGAACAGGGCCCGUCUCACCCGCUGCGACAGAACACGCUUCGCUACCGCAAGUUCGCGAGCGUCGACGAUAACAAGCUGCAGCCUCGCUCAGUCAAGGUGUCGUUUGUAAUGAAGGAUAACCGUCCCGUCUCCAUACUGGACCUCAAAGUGGAACCGCGUCCACACGUUAUCGACCAAACCUUCCGCUUCUACAACCCAGAGCAGUCCUUCCUGAAAAAGUCCAUUCGCCUGCCUCCCUGGCAUUCCCUACCAGGUGCUCCUGUUAUUGACGAGCAGGCCCCCCCACACGUUAACGUUCGCUGCAGUGACUUCAACGUAGUCUGCGAGGCGAAACGAGUGCAACCGAAUGAGCCACAAGACGUGUUUCUAAAGGUGGCAUGUGGGCCAUCUCCCUCAGUCAAGCGCUUUUUCUUGUUACUGUUCAUCGAUCCAUUCAUGGCGAUACCCUGCCAGACAUGGCAGUUUUAUGUACAUUCUUUACAAAGAGUGGAUAUCAGUGCCGUAGAAGGCCAGACCAGUCAGUUGUCUGUCAUCUUACGCGGCACCCAGUCAUCACGACUUGUCCAGUGCUUCACUUCUCAUGCCGAGGAGCUCCAGGUGCGUCCCUCGGAUCCCUUCAUGCUAAUGGCUAACGGAGUACACGAGAUAAGCCUCUCACUCACCCCGCUCACCUCUGGUGGCACUCGCUACAUGUAUGUCAACGUCGUAGAUAACGAGUUCCAUCAGUUAGUGAGGACGUGGCUGGUGUGCGCCACGUGCCAGCAACCCGUCAUCUCCAAAGCUUUCGAGCUCCAACUACAGGUCGGAGGCGGCAAAGGCUCGAAUAAGAGAGUAACCUUCACGAAUCCUUACCCUACGAGAAAGGCGUUCCAUCUUAAGUCCAACCGUCCGGAUUUACUUCAGUUCAAGGAAGACACUAUAGAGGUUGGCCCGGGAGCGUCACACAAUAUCGGCCUACGGUUCUCGCCUCAGCCUGCGCCAGCCGUCACACAAAUACUUAUAUUUAUCAACGACAGCGAGGGCAAAAACGAGGAAACUUUCAGCAUUACCGCCGUGUACAAAUGAUAAGCAAGUCGAUCCCAGCCCUAAAUGAGUUCCAGAUUAUCCUUGGAUAGAUCGCAGGGGAGCUCAAGCUCAUAUUUUUAAACCAUUAAAAAAUAACUGGGCGGAAAUUAGCAAGGCUAGUUUCAUGCCUUUUCAUUAUAAGUUGUUUUUGAAAAGCUCUCAUGCCGUGAAAUAUAAGCUUGGGCUUGCUGUAGCCUAAUCGUUAUCGUGACUUCGGUUUUUUUAGACUCGAUGCCCCGGAUUCCGUAGACUGGUGUAUUAGACCAAUGACAAGGUGAGAUUUUUUUAGCACCUGAUAUUUCAGUCUUAUUCUCAAAGCAUCAUUUUUCUUACUGGACAUCCGUUAACAUCAUACACAGGAAAGAUAAAUUUAUUUUGUCAAUUGUUCACUACAAUAUAUUUAUAUAUACAAAAUAGGAUUUUGAACUAUAUGUACUAGAGGAGUUUUGAGAUCAUUUAAACUAUGUCAAAUAUGUACAUAAUUAUCCGAUUAAAAAAAUGGCCGAAGAAA